AUGCUGGCAUGGAAUUGCACCUGUGCGGCCGGCAAGUUAGCAGACAAAAAGAAAAAAAAUCUGCCAUCUACGUCCGUUUUGCUCCGCAGUUGCGUUCCAUCGCAAGAAUACGAAGAGCGGCAGCUUCACUUUCUUUCUUUCUUUCUUUUCUUUUCUUUUCUUUUCUUUUUUAUUUUUAUUUUUUUUUUUUUCUCCUCCCAAGUGCUGGCGCCUCUUUCUACCCUCACCAAGGUAACGCCGAAAAUAUCAACAGAGUUUAGGGAGGGAGGUUUGAGCAGAAAAACAUGCAAGAGGCGUACCUGA